AUGUUUAUAGAAGAGCGGAUUAUAACACUAUUUAAAAGGAACUUUCACCACACCUGUACAUACUGGAGUGUGUUCUUCAGUUUUGGACUGUGUAUAGCCUUCCUGGGACCCACCAUAUUGGACUUGCAAUGUCAAACCCAGUCUACACUGAGCCAGAUCACCUGGGUCUUCUUCUCCCAGCAGUUCUGCCUGCUCAUCGGCAGCUCAAUCGGAGGGGUCUUCAAGAAAACGUUGUUCAGUGCUCUAGCUGCACUGUUCUUGUCCUCGCUACUCAUCUCUGUAAUAUUUGCCAUCAUCCCCCUCUGCCAUAAUGUGCUGCUGUUGGCUAUUGCCAUGGCUGUGUCCGGUCUGGCCAUGGGCAUCAUUGACACCAUCGCCAACAUCCAGCUGGUCGCCAUAUAUCAGAAGGACUCGGCUGUCUUUCUCCAGGCCCUCCACUUCUUCAUUGGGUUCGGGGCGCUGGUGAGCCCUCUGAUUGCUGAUCCCUUCCUGUCGGAGACAGGCUGCAGGGUGGGGAAUGUGACAGAAAAUGUGACCGAGAUGAUGCACCACUUCAGGAACACGCUGAGGAACAGCCCCAUGGUGAUGCAUAACGUGUCCGUGAACCACCUGCCCCUAGCAGAGGAGCCAGAGGAGUCCAUCGUGUCCUACGCCUUCUGGAUCAUGGCAAUGAUAAACCUGCCAGUGCCAAUGGCAGUGUUAUUCCUGAUGUACCAGGAGCAGUUGAUCUCCUGCUGCCGCAGCACCACACCUCUUUUGCUGGACAAAGACGAGCUGUCCAUGGAGAACCAGGGGGCCGAGGGGCCUGACACAGAACCUAAAGACCAGGAGGAGGGAGGAGGUCAUGGGGAUAUCUUCAGCUGCUGUCAGAAUAACAACCUGCGUGAGUUGCCUGUGUCCUUCUUUGGGAUUCAUAUCGUUGGUGGAAUGGUCCUGUUCAUGACCGAUGGUAUUGUGGGUGCGUAUGCAGGCUUUGUGUACACAUAUGCAGUGUCUCCCCCCAUUUCUCUACCUAAUAAGACUGCGGGAUACCUGGUUAGUAUCUUCUGGGCAGCCAUUACUGCAGGACGUCUGGUGUCCAUCCCUCUCACCUUCCGCUUCCAGCCCGUUCGACUGCUCAUGAUUAAUCUGGCUGGUGUCAUUGUCACAGUGUUGUUGCUGCUCGUCCUCAACAAAAGCAGUAUAUUCCUGUUUGUUGGGACCACUCUACUGGGCCUGUUCCUCAGCAGCAUCUUCCCCUGUAUGCUGGCUUACACUGAGGACAUCCUGGACUACCAAGGAUGUGCAACCUCAGUUCUGGUAACAAGUGCUGGGAUGGGAGAAAUGGUCAUGCAAGUCGUUGUUGGAUCGAUCAUCCAGAGUGAAGGCAGUUAUAGUUUCCUGCUCUGUGGAAUGAUAAUCGGUUGUAUGGGCUCCAUCCUCUUCUUCGGGUUGCUGUUCUUACAUCGCAUGCACAGGAAAUACCUCACUGGAACCUCAGUGAAGUCAGCCAUGGUGGAGGAGCUCCCACCAGCAGCAGUAGUAGACAGUAAAACAGAACAGAAGGAGAGUAGCUGA